AUGAGCGCGUGGAAGGAGCGAUGGCGGUCGCUCAGGGGCGACCGCGCCGGCGGCCGCGGCGGCGCGUCCAAGAGCGCGCCCGAGGGCGCGCUCUCCGCGUUGACGCGGUCGCCGUCGGCGUUGCAUUUCCCCAAUUGCCGGAACGCGCGCGCGUCGAACGCGACGUCGACGUCGCGCGGCGGCGACGCCCUUCCGCGCGCGCACGCGACGAACGCGCCGGCUCGCGAGCGAGAGCACGACUGGAGCGUUGAGAUCCCGCUCCGGUUUCGCGGUCGCGUCGCCUCCGGCGAGUGCGACGUCGCGCUCGAGCUCGUGCGCGUGGACGUCGGAAGAGAGCUCCCGGAGGGCGUUCCCGACCGCGACGGCGCGCGUCGGCGGCGGCGACAGCGGCGGCGGCGACGCGCGGACGGCGCGCGGGACGACGACGACGACGACAACGACGACGACGCGCACCGCGCGCGCGACGUCCUCGAGCGCGUCGUCGACGCCGCGGAGACGGCGUGCGUGCUCGCGUGCGUGGGGACGGCGCACCCGGAGACGAGGUCGCUGACGCGCGCGAUGGCGCUCGCCGGCGCCGCGAGCGUCGCGGGUGGGAUCGCGGGAGGCCUGAGUCGCGGCCGCGGAGGCGCGACGGCGCGCGAUAGCCGCGACGACGACGACGACGACGCGCGCGACGCUCUGGGGAGCUACGACGGGCACGACGGCGUCGAACGCGGCGCGGUGAAUUUCGCGCGGCGCGCGUGCGGCGGCGCGUUGGCGUUGCACGCGUCGUCGUCCGCGAUGAGAGCGCUCGCGCCGGAGACGUAUCGCACGCUGAAGAGCGCGGCGACGCUCGCGGCGAUCAAGAUCGUCUUCGCGCAGCCCGCGAACGACGUCUCGUCGGGAAUGGGAUCGGGAUCGGGAUCGGGAUCGGGAUCGGGAUCGGGAGGAGAAAUAGAAAACCGACCGGCGGGGCGCGGCGUUCGCGGCGGCGUCGGGGGCGUCGUCCGCGCCGGCGUCGAGGACUGGCUCUCGCGCGUCGUCGGGAGACGCGCCGCGUGCGAGAUCGAACGCGACGGCGUGGACGUCGGCGGCGACGAGUGGCAUCGACGGUAUCGAUGGGCCGCGCUGAGGGUGUUGGACCUCGUCCCCGCGACGCCGUCCGCGCCGACGCUGGCGCCGUUGCUCGCGUUCGCGAGCGGCGUGGCGUUGACGGUAGCGCGCGGGGGGGUCGGGUUCGGCGUCGACGGCGAGGAUGUCUCCGUCUGCGAAGGCGGCGGGGGACGAUCGCGAUCGCGAGGGCGCCGGUUGCACGCGGCGUGGUCGCCGAAAGGGGUGGGCGGGGUCGCGCGAGGCGCGAGGCGGCGCGAGGGGACGGCGUCCGAUCCGAUGGGGAUCGCGCUCCUGAGUCCGUUUCUCAACUUGGAUCAGGUCACGACCGCGGAGGUUCUCGCGUUCGAGGGGGCGUCGUGCGCGUCGUCGCCGAGCGCGAACGCGAACGCGACGCCCGUGAAGCGCGGAUGGCUCCCGCCGUCCCCGACGAGCGACGCGGGGUCGUCCCGAGCGUCGGAUUCCCCGGGGGAUCGAGCGUCGUCCGUCGUCUCACAGGAGGAACGCGCCGGCGUGCGGUGCGUAGAGGGCGACAUCUGGGGCGCCGCGGAGAGAGCGAGCGCGGCGGCGUUGUGUUACCGCGGCUCGUUCCUUCUCCUCGCGUUUCUGCCAGUGUUCUUCGUCUCCGUGCCUCUGCUCGUCUUGAGCGAGAAACCGGGCGCGGUCAGGGCGUUCACCGCGCUCGGCGCGAGCGGCGUCGUCGCCGUGCUGUUGGGGCUCGCGUGCGUCGUCGCCGGGUGCGUGCUCUUAUACUCCGACGUCGGCGGCGGGUUCGGGUCGUAUCAGGACCAGUCUGAGACGUUCGGGUUCGCCGCGUCGGUCGCGACGGGGAACGCGCUCAUCGCGGGUCCGGGUCUGUGCGCGCUCGCGCUUCUGUUCUGCGCGAUCUUUUUUACCGGCGGCGACAGCGCCUCGAGCGUCCUCGCGAGGAAGGAGACCAAAGCCGCGAUGCGAAGGCGCGCGUGGAAGACGCUUCACGCCGCGGUGUCCAACUGCGGCGCCGCGCUCGUGAAGUGGGCGCAGUGGGCGUCCGUUCGCAGGGACAUCUUCCCGGAGGACUUUUGCGAGGCGAUGAGCGCGCUGCACGACGACGCGCCUCGGCACUCGAGGAAACACACGGAGAAGAUCAUACGCGAAGAGUUCGGGGUCCCGUCCGGGGACGUCUUCCAGCACUUCCCCCCGGAGCCGGUCGCGAGCGGGUCCAUCGCGCAAGUGUACCGGUGCGUGUUGAAACCCGAGGUGGCGCGCGCGUGCGCGGCGCGCGAUCCGGAGCUCGCGCGGCGGCUGCGAGAGCAGCGAGGGAAGGCGUCGAGCGCGGGAGCGGGAGAAC